CCAAGGGGAGGUUUUAGGGGCUAUUUCGGCCCCAGCCGGUGCUGUGAAGCUUUUAGUCCAGCAUGAGACAGCAAAGGGUGAGCACCCAAGUUUUCACACAUUAAAGGUGCUGAAGGGGACCAAAGCCCUCGGGGAUACCAUCAGCCCAAAGGAACGAACAGUGCCAUCAUGUUCAAGACCAGCUACCUGCGCGAGGUGCGCAAGGAAAAGUACGAGCGCUCGGACGUCUUCGAGGACGACACGGAGGACUCCGAACACUCGGCGGGCAUUUCAGCCAUCCAAGGCUGGGAGAGCCUUCAGGAGCUCAACAGCCGCUUCGCCCGGUACAUCACCCGGGCACGGGUCCUGGAGCAGCGAAAUGCCGUUUUCCGCAAGCAGCUGGAGACGCUGCAGAGGAUGGAGGAGGCCAGCGGCCUGGAGGAGGCCUUCACGGAGCAGAUUGAUGUCAACAGGCAGCGCAUCAGAGAGCUAUGCUCCGACCGAGCCAAGCUGGAGCGAGAGCUGAAGGAGGCCUGCCGCAUGCUGGAUGAAUUCACCAGCAAGGAGGAAAAAAGGAAGAGGAAGAAUUCAGCCGAGUUCACAGGGGAGACCAAAAGCCGUCUGGCACUCACUGAAGCGGACAAUGCUCUCCUGGGAAACCUCGAGUAUCAGAUCCAGUCUCAGUUCCUGCAGGAUGACAUCAAUUCCACCAGAGACAGGCAUAAGAAGAACCUUGCAGAGAUCCAAACCUAUGUAAACAUUUUGCAGCAAAUCAACCAGACACUUCCACUUGUUCCCAAUGUGUCAGUUGGCAUCUCUGAGGAGCAAGAGAGGCUGCUGGCUGAGAGGAAAGUGCCGGGGCUUAAAAGUCAGCUGGAGGAAUUCAAGAGCGCCCUCUGUCAGCUGCAAGCUCAGAAGCAACGCCUACAGAAUGAAACUGCAAUGCUGGAGCAAGCCAUCAAAAAUACACAAGAUAGUUAUGACAAUGAAAUCCAGAUGUACAAUGAAAAAAUUGAAUCGCUGCGAAAGGACAUUGAGGAAGCUGAGAGGUCUUUGGAGAAUUACACCAGUGAAUGUCGCCACCUUGCCAUGUAUGAGACAUCUCUUGAGAAUGAACUAGAGAGGUACAAGAGGAUCAUUGAAAAUGAAGACAACAGGCUGAAUUCUGCAAUAAUUGGUACUCCCAUUACCCUGUUCACAACUAAUUACCGCUACACUCACACACCUACAGCCUCAAGCAAGGGGAGGGACAUAACCCAGGCUAUCCAAGAUAUCACAAGCAUUAAGCCGCGCCAGAAGAUACUGGCCAAAAAGGUCAUGAAGAAGAAAGAGCUGACUGCAAAAGAUGUAAUUGAAGGCGUUCAGGAGGAGAGAAAUGACAGAGCCAGUGGAGAGGCCGGAGAUGAAGAAACGAGGGGAGCCCCAUCUGUUGAAGUGCAGGAGGAGGCAGUGAAGAGAAAAGAGCAGAGACCUCUUCACACCGGAGUUUCUCCACAAGACGUCCCAGAUGGAGCUCAGAUUAGCAAGGCCUUUGACACUCUGUGUAACAUUGUCAGAGACAGAAUGAGAAAGUACAAGAGGCCUGAGCCCAUCGCCGAUUUCUACACCAAGGGCCGUUAUGUCCUUGUAAGCGGUGAUGGCAGCUACCUGGAUCCCUGCUUCUACACCUCCACACCCUCAGCUGGCCACAUCUUUGUCACAAUCAGAGAUGGAAUAAGAUGGCCAUAUGAGCCUUAUGAACCAUACACACCAUCUCCUCCACUCCCUCAGCCUAUAAUAGACCCAAGGCCUCCCAGUCCCGGCCAUCCUGGAGAUGCAGGAGGAAAGGACAACAACAAGGGCUCAAGAGGAAAAGACAGUGACCCGAGGCCAAAAAAUUCUACCCCCGUCCUUCCACCACCUGGCCCAAGCUCCCAUGACCCCACUCCUGGUGCCACUAAGCCCAAGAAAAACAAAGAUGAUAAUGGCCCAAGUGGGCCAACUCCAAAGUCCGCACCCCGUGGGGCUAGCACCAGUUCCUGCACGAGCACCACCGGUUACAGCAGCUUCACCCCUGACGCAAUGAGCUAUGAGAAGGUGGAGCUCGUGGAGUCUGUGGAGAAGAUCUCCAGCGAUCGCAAAGUUAAAGGUUAUGAGGAGACCUCAAUGAUUGUGGAAACCAUGAUUGAAAAGUCCAGCAAGAAGAAACACUGAAACCACGACAGCACAGUCCUACAUGUUUAACCCGCGGUUUAAACACUCGAGGUUUCGUCUCUUAAGAAGACCAACCAUGCUUAAAGACCAACAACACAUUCCUGCUCUGAGAUUCAUAGUUCUUCCAUCACUUGCAGUCUCUGGUCUUGUGUCCAGAAAAACCUUUGCUGGCUCUAGUCUUGCUGUUGUUAUCCAGCUUACACCAAUGCUCAUGCUGUGAGUCCUUUACUGUCUGAAAACUUGGGAAAAUAACAUAUAAAAGCUUUAGCCACCAGUAAAAAAAGAAAAGAGAAAGAAAAUAUAACGCUAAGAAAAAAAAAUUGGAAGUUGUGCCACCCUUAGAACUCCAACGUUCCCCUUUAAGCUAAUUUGUUCAAUUGGAUGCCAUUGCCUGCCCUUAACACAAUUUUGCUGUGUAUAAAUUUGCUUUGAUAAUGAAUGAUAAUAAAAUUCUCAAACACAGA